UGGCUUUUGGGACAGCUUUGACGGCUUUAUCGCUGCGUGCUGGGGCCGAAAAUCGCGCGUGGAAACGUUCUCGACGCGUGCGCUGCGUGGUGCUUUUUUUUUGGAGCGCUGCCUGGCUCCAACAGCUGCUGCAGUCUCACAGCCUCUGCGUCGCGUAUGCGCCGCAUAGCUGCUGCCGCCAUGGCUGCCAUGCUGUCAUUCCGUGCCAUGGCAAUGAAACCGCACUUCCGAGUCGCAGUGAUGGGAGACGCGCACGGAGACUUUCUGGACGGCGAGUGCGCCGUCUUAGAACGCGUCGCAAAGCCCGACCUCUUCCUAGCGGUCGGCGACUUCGCAAACGAAGAAUCCACAAUAAUAAAACGAGUCGCGGCGGCCACGAAACACCUCUCGGGCGCCGCGCAUCUAAUCCUUGGCAACCACGACGCCUGGCGCUCGUCACGAACAGGCACCGUCUCCGAGACGCUGCGCGCCAUCCGAGACGCCGUCUCUCCAGACCUGGACGUAGCUUACCGGCGUGUAGAGGUCCCGUCGGCUACUGGCGUAUUUUCGGUAGUUGGCGCUCGGCCGCUGUCGUGGGGCGGAGGGCUCGCAGCCACUACGAAGAAGUCCUGGGCGCUGCUCAAGGAGCUCUACGGUGUCUCAACGCCCGAGGAAUCGACGGGUGUCAUCACGGACGCGCUGCUCGGCGCCGUCGGACCGGCAAUAGUAGUAGCGCACCAGGGUCCCGCGGGCCUGGGUGAAGAGGCUGCGUCUAUAUGUGGCAAGGACUGGGUGCAGCCGUACUCUGAUUUCGGUGAUGAUGAUUUGCGGGAUAGCCUUGCGUCAGCACGGUCUGUUGGCAUACCCCUGUGUGCUUUUGGACACAUGCACGCACCUCUCCGGCACGGGGGCCGGCGCCGUAUGGUGUGCGAGCGCGAGGGCACUGUAUAUGUGAACGCCGCCGAGGUGCCGCGACACCGACAAUCGACGACGGGUAUCGAGUAUCACUAUACAAUCGUCGACUUCGGCCCAGGGGACCGCGUGGACCGCGUCGCCGGCGUCUGGCUCAGCGAACGGGAUGGGCUGGUCGACGAGGAGGUUCUGUGGAGGAGGGAGUAAUAUGUUUGUGAUUUA